CGGUUCAGUCUUUGGGCUUGGUUAUUGCAGUGAAGUGUUAAUUCUUAGUAGUGGCUUCUUCUGCAAAUCCUGUAAACGCUAUACAAACCAUUUUCCAAGUCUCAUACCUGGACUUUGAUUUAAAGUUGCAGAUAUGAGCAGAUUAGAAAAUAGCGUCGUCAUUGCUGGCAUCGGUGGGAAGUUCCCUGAGUCAGACAAUGUGCUUCAACUUCAAGAAAAACUUUUCGCAAAAGAAGACUUUAUCACCAAUAACCUCAGAUGGACACCGGAUACGGUUGGUGUUGGUAAAAUACAUGACAUCGAUACUUUUGACACAUCUCCAUUCAAAAUGCACAGCAAGCUGGUGCGAGCUACAGAUCCCACCACGACUCAGACACUGGAACGUGCUUUCGAAGCAAUAAUUGAUGCAGGAAUGAACCCUUUUGCAAUGAGUGGCCGCAACAUCGCUGUCAUAUCUGCGUCGAUGGUGUCCGACUCCGAGAACACACGAGCUGGCACAUCCUACGAAGCUUCUGGCUUCACAAUUAUGGGACACAACCGUUCAAUGGUCUCCAAUCGUAUAUCAUACACAUUUAACUUCACAGGACCCAGUUAUAGUGUGCACACUUCCUGGGCGGGCGGAGCACGUGCACUGGAGCUGGGAGCAGAGUUGAUCGCGCGUGGCUUCGUCGAGGCUGCUGUCGUGUCCACAGCAAGUUUAAUAUUUUUCAAGGCAACAGGACUGGAAUAUGAAUACAUGAACAUGUCAACUCCAGGUGGACGUUGUCGUUCUUUCGAUGCUGAUGCAAAUGGAACAUGCAGAAGUGAAGGUGUUGUUUCCUUCUUCCUUCAGCGUGCUAGUGAAGCCAAACGCAACUAUGCAACAGUCGUAUGUGCAAGAGCUGAUUGUCUUGGCCCACGGGCUUGUAGCCUUAUCCAUUUUGACAGUUUGCUUGCAGAGUCUCUACAAGACUUCUACAAGACAAACAAUAUUGACCCCGAAGACAUCGCUUACUUGGAAGCGGAUGGGUCUGGGAUAAAAUACUUUGACCAACUGGAAUUGAAUUCUCUUGCAACAGUUUUUGGAAAGAGAAAGAAGCCUUUGCCAAUCGGCUCAGUGAAGAGUAAUGUUGGUAACACUGAAGCCUCUUCUUCCUUCAUCGGAAUAACCAAGUCCAUCAUAGCCAUGGAAACUGGGCUCAUCCCUCCCAAUAUACACUACACCAGGCCCAAUCCAGACAUCCAGUCUCUCGUCAAUGGUCAAUUUCAGCCAGUGACGGAGGCCCGAGAGCUGGAUGGAGACUUGGUGUCCAUCAACACUUUAUCACUGGGAGGAACAUCAGGACAUGUUGUAAUCAAGAGGAACAGCAAGGAGAAGCAAGUUUUGGCCAAGGGUCAGCUGCCACCUGAUGGAAUCCACAGAUUGAUCAUGGUAUCUGCCAGGCAUGAGGAAGGGGCUAAAAUAAAUUCGGAGAAGUUGCAAAACAUGCCAGUAGAUGUGGAGUAUGCUUCCCUUGUCAAUGAUGUAUUUAAGACCAAUAUUCCUGGGUACUUAUGGAAGUCGUUUGUUGUCGUGCCUUCUAAUGAAGUCAAAUACAACAUUAAGAAAUAUGACAACGUGAAGCAACCCCUCUGGUAUGUGUUCUCAGGGAUGGGAUCUCAAUGGCCGGGGAUGGGAAGAGAUCUACUGAAUAUUCCUGUGUUUGCUGCAGCUGUGAAUAAAUGUGAUAAAGUACUGCGUCCUCGUGGUAUUGACAUCUACCACAUCCUCACCACAGAAGAUGCCUCUGUCUUUGAAAACAUCCUCAACUGUUUCGUUGGCAUAGCUGCCAUCCAGAUAGGAUUGGUGGAUAUACUGAGGACUGUAGGACUCGAACCAGACGGCAUGGUAGGUCACAGUGUGGGGGAACUGGGCUGUGCAUAUGCAGAUGGCUGCUUCACAGCUGAGGAGAUGGUAUUGGCUGCUUACGCUCGAGGCAGGGCCAGUCUUGAAGGUGAUGUCAUCCAUGGAAUGAUGGCCGCAGUAGGCCUGGGCUACAAGGAGAUGCAAGAACGUGUGCCACCCACUAUAGAUAUUGCGUGCCACAAUGCCCACGACAGCUGCACUCUCUCUGGCCCUACUGAUGAUGUUCUCAGCUACGUCAAGGAACUCAAGGAACAGAAUAUCUUUGCCAAGGCUGUCAGUGCAGGGAACAUAGCGUACCACUCAAGGUACAUCAAGCCUGUUGCUCCCAAGCUACUUGAAUAUCUGUCAGAGCUGAUCACAGAGCCAAAACCACGAUCGAAGAAGUGGGUGAGCAGCUCGGUUCCACAGAGCAAAUGGUCAUCUGAGGCUGCUCAACUGUCAUCUGCUGAGUACCACACCAACAACCUGCUGAGUCCUGUGCUCUUUGAGGAGGCCUGCACCCACCUGCCGCAGAAUGCUGUUGUGGUGGAGAUCGCCCCUCACGGCUUGCUGCAGGCUAUACUGCGCAGGUCACUUAACGCUGGGUGUGUCAAUGUGUCUCUCACGAACAGAUCUGCUAGUAACAGUGUCCGACAAUUGUUGGAAGCACUGGGAACUCUUUAUCUAAACAACGUAAGUCUGGAAGUGAAUGCUCUGUACCCGCCAGUGGAGUAUCCUGUGUCUCGAGGGACUCCCUAUAUCGCUCCUCUUGUCACCUGGGACCAUCAUGAGACUUGGUUCCAUGAGUUUGAGAACAUCCUUGAAUUGAUGUCGCACUCUAAUGAGGUAGAAGUAGAUUUGGAUGUAUCUUUUGAAGACUACCCUCUUUGGACCAACCAUUGUAUUGAUGACCAAAUAGUUCUUUCUCCUUCACAAAUUUUGGUUUACAUUUGGAAAUUGCAACUGACAUCAAAUGGACUCGACUUUGAGAAAGAUGCAAUUCUUAUUGAGGAUAUGGUAAUGAGUAGGCAAGUUGCUCUCAAACCCUUCUCUCAGAAUCUUGUCAUGACAAUAAGAAAUGGCACCAAUGAUUUUGGUGUUUUAUUAAAAGAAAAGGAUAUCUAUGGUGAAACCUUUUUGACUGGAAGAGUAAAACAAAUCCAACAGCCAACCCUGGAUCUUCCAACAGACAAAGAAGAAGAAGAAGAAGAUAGAGAUGAUAUGGAUAUAUCGGGAGCUGAAGUCAUAAGUGUGUUAUCACACUUUGGUUACCAGCUAGGUCCGAAGUUCCAAGCCAUCAAACACAUUUGCAUUAAAAACAAAGGUUUUACAGCCAAAGUGGAAUGGACUGGAGACAUGGUCACUUUCACUGAUGCCCUCUUUAAGCUGAUUCUUUUCUUGGAAAUGGACUCUGAACAGCGAUUCCUGUAUCCAAGCUCUUUCCGCAAACUUAUUGUCGAUUCAGCAAUGUUUUUUCAACUCAAAAAAGGAACAAUUGUAGACUUACAUUAUGACUCCAGGAGCAACGUUCUCAGCUGUCAGGGUUUGAUGUUGGUAGGGCUGAAAAUGUCACCUGACCCUACAUUCAACUCAACUAUCAUUCCACUCCAGUGGAAGAAGACGACCUUUGUUCCUUUCAAUAGUGAUAAACUGAAGAUGGAAGAAUUCUUAUCCGUGAGUCUCCAACUGGUGGCAGAGGAGAGACUGAGCAGUUGGAUGUCUAAACCACCCCAGAUCUUAAUCCUUCAGAUCAGAGACAAUAAUGAAACCAGGUCUCUUCUUAGAAGAGCCCUAAAAAAUACAGUGAAAAAUCUACCUCACAUUUUGAUAAAAGUUCAAUAUAUAGAGCUGAGUCAUUUAAUGAACCAGUUCAAGUUCAAGUCAGGAGAGAGCUACUUGGUGGUUGGAAACCUUCAAUGUGUGCAGCAGCUGGUGGGCUCUGUGCAGAGUUCUGUGUUCCUACUGGCCCAUAAUCACAGAUAUGAAGAUCUCACCGGUUUCAAUACACUGAGACCCGUACUGAUCCAUCACCUCAAAGGAGGUGAUCAAUUAACACUGUUGAAAAAGAGAACAAAUGUGGAACAAUUGAGAAUCUUAGAGCUGGAUAAUAAACACUGGCUCAGUGAGUUGUCUCAUCUGUCUAAUGGGAGUGACAAUGAACAACCUGUUGUUGUUGUUAGUCGUAAAUGGGAACCAAAGGAAAUACUUCCAAUCCUUGCUAACCAAAAUUACUCCCACAGGGUCAGGUGUGUUUUCCUGGACAAAUCUGCCCCCCAGUUUUCUCCCAACUGUCCAUUGUACCAUGACCAGCUGAGUGUGGGCCUAUCUGUGUGUAAACUGUACCGGGGAGCUUGGGGCACAGACUGUACAUUCACCUUGGACCUGGACCCGGCUCAGCAGCCCGAGCACAUGCAAGGUGUCAUCACCAGCUCAGACACGAAAUUGGACGUGAAUGUGCUUGCUCUUAACACCACAACUGUGACCUUCCAGCCUGACAACCCUCCUGAUCAGAUAACAAUAGAGUUUGUGGAUUACUGUGGUACACGGGACAGCGGAGAACGAGUGAUGGGGCUUGCUCACUUUAACCCACUCACUAACUCACUUACUCCAGACCGGUCUCUCAUUUGGCCUGUCCCUCAAGCAUGGUCCAUGGAGGAGGCUGCUACUGUUGCUUCCUCUUUCUCUUUGGCAUACUAUUCGCUUCUCAUAAAAGCCAAACUUCUUCCAGGAGAACGUGUAUUAAUUCACCUUGGAUCCUGUCCUGUCAGUCAGGCGUGUAUUGCUGUUGCUCUUCUGAUAGGGGCUCAUGUGUUUAUUACCAUACAAAAUAAAGAUGAACUCCCAUCUUUGUUGAGAACAUUUCCCCAGCUGAAUGCGGACCACAUCGUGCCUCUGGAAAACUUUCACACUAUGGUGAGACUCAAGUCUGGAGGGGAUGGGGUGGAAGUGGUGGUCAACUGUGUGCAGAACACCGAAAAGUCUAUCGGCUGUCUGUCCUACGACUCCAGGUUCAUCCAGCUCUGCAACAUUGACUUUCGGCACAGGGAGACAAUUGGCAUGAGCACAUUUAUUAAAAACUCAAAUUUCUUCGGAGUAUCUUUGACAAACAUUUUAAAUGCCGACUCGGAUAUCAAAAAUAAGCUGCACAUCUUUUUGAAAGAUGGAAUCAAGAAAGGAAUUGUAAAGCCUCUGAGGAAACAGUCGUUUAAUCUUCAAAACUUUUCUCAAGCAAUGGACCAUGUCAAGAAUUACAGUUGUAGAGAGAAGACAUUGAUAGUGAUAAAGGCAGAAGGCCGAAGUGAACUACCUUUGACUUCAUUAUUAGGCUUUCACUGUGAACCUGACAAGACACACAUUAUUGUCGGGACUGGAGGCCUGUGGCUGGAGUUGGCAGAAUGGCUUGUGAAGCGAGGCGCUCGCAGGUUGUUUGUGGCCCCUGUCACCGAACUGUCACCUACCUUCUCUCGCAGAUUCCACCGGCUGACGUCCCUCUGCUAUGUCAGGGUCAUGGUGACAUCGGCUACACGUCUCGUCUCACACAGUGGAGCAGUGGACUUUCUACGCAGUGCUGAGGCAUUAGGCCCUAUUUCCACCAUAUUUUGUGUUGCUAUGGAUGAAAACUGUCCAAAAAUCGCUUACUUGGAUUCUGCUACGAGAGAGUUGGUUCCACACCUUAAACACUUUGUUUGCCUAUUGGGUGGCUGUACAAAUGUGUGCAAGCUCCGUGCACAGAGCAAUCUCUCUGUGUGUCUCAUACGACCCCAGUCUGAGCUCCAAAAGCCCCACUCUGUUUUGCCUUACCUGUCCUAUGUACUCUGUGAUAGCAACUCAGCCGGUCAUUUGUUCACAGUCAGUGACCAAGAAAUGGGAACAACAACUCAAGAUGAUGAUGACUUGGUGGAACAAGACCCACACAGUCUCUUGCCAUCUUCACUGGAGGACUUGUUGUUACUGGCAGAUGACGUUGGGCCACAGUUGUCAUUGCGUGAGGUGGUGACACGUAGUCCAUGCCAUGAGAGUGUUAAACAUAACCUGUUACCUGUAUUCCUGCUACCGGGCAUACAUGCAGCUUACAUAAAGCCUCUCAUACGCCACAUGAUACACCCUGCAUACUGCGUCAGCUGGCCAGAGACCAGCCAGUCUGUGGAGAGCGUAGCCGGUGCUUUACUGAAGGAGGUCAUGCAAGUACAAAAGGAGGGCCCAUACAACCUGGUGGGAGACUCAUGGAGUGGGGCAGUGGCGAUCCAGUUGGCAGCACUGCUAGAGGGACGUGGACAUCGGGUUGAAUUGUUUUUGGUGAAUGCUGGUCUUCUCACCAUACAAAACUGUGCUAGGGCUCUCAGCUGUAACUUUAAUGAUUCCCUGGACUUAGCUCUUCUCACAAGUUUACUUAGAUUGGAUACUCAGUUGGUAAAGAGUACGGUGGAAUCCAGUUCAUGGGAAGAACUACUACAUCAAGCUCUACAAAUGGUACAGCCUAGAUUACAACAAUUAGACCCCACACAGGAAGUUCACUCUAUUCAGCAGAGAAUAGGAAAGGCCUUAAAAGCCAUUAGAAGCCACAUAAAGAUCUUGCUGUCCUACAAGCCACUAGAAAAUCUCCUCAAGGGCAAUGUUCAUUUGAUUAGACCAAAGGGAGCUUCUGACAUAGAUUUUUGUGGUAUUCUGCAAUAUUGUCAGCAGAGACCUAUAAUUUAUGUUAUGGAAGAAGAGGAAAAUCAUGAUCAAAUGAUCAAAAGCUUAAACUGUGCAACACUCAUCAAUAAGAAUCUCUUAUACUCAUGGGACCUGUGAUCAGCUGUCUUCCAUAUUCCUUCAAGUGGAGGAGAUAAGUUAUUCUUCCAUAAAUGAUACAAGGAAAUUCAAGUUACCUACGUUGAAAUUAAAUUUUCUAACAGAAAUAACUUAUGUUAAACUUUUCAAGUGAACAAAAACAUGUUUUCAAGUCCUUAGUGAUUUGUUCUUGAUUGAUCAUAAUUCCAGAUUCUCACAUCUUAAUGCUUAUUUUAUCAAUUGGGCUAAGCAUUUAAUGAUCAAUGUGAAAUGAUUAAUAUAUAAUGAACGUCACAUCAGAUGUAACCUACUAAGUUGUUCUACCCCAAGCUGGUUAAUAUGUGUUGCAAAUAAAAUUUGUGUGAAUUACAA